UUUUUAACUUGGUCAUUUUAAAGACGAUGUCUCAAAUAAGUAUCGGUGUUCGUGUGUUGGUGUUGGUUGCCAUGACAGGGGCGAAAUCGGUCACGUUCAAAGAUUGCGCUACUAGUCCAGGUAAAGGCGCCAUCAAAUCUGUUGAUAUAAGACCAUGCACGGCAGAACCAUGCAAAUUAAAGAGAGGCACUGACAUAACUAUGGUUGUCAUCUUUGUCGCAGGUGGGAAUGCUACGAAGGCUACAUCAGUCGUCCAUGGUAUAAUCGGUGGAGUUCCUAUACCGUUUCCACUCCCACAUCCCGAUGCAUGUACUGGCGCUUCUCCUCUACCCUGCCCUCUUAGUGCUGGCACUCAAUAUACUUACACCUCGACACUGUCAAUUUUGCAGUCUUACCCAACG